CGCGCCCCCCGCACACGGGUCGUCGCGGGGGAGCUCGCGGCGGCUCUCGCGGCAGCGGCCGUGGACAGGGCAAGCUGUGGGUUCCUUGAUCCAUACGGCUCCACCCUGUCGAUUCAGUUGUAUUCGACAGGUCCCUCUACAAAAUUUCGAAUCAGACCACCGUGGUUAUUAGUCGACGCAGCACAAGAGGAAAAUUCUCCUGCCGAUACCGGGUCUACCUCCGGAUCCCAUUGUCGGUGGAGACCGAGACUUCAUGGAUCCUUAAAAGGGGGCGACGGCCCUGGACGAAUGACGUGGGUAUCAGACGGUCGGACGCAAGAGUCGGAAUGGCACGGACGAUUACCAUGCAGAGACGCCCCAUGCGCAUGGCGAGUUCGGUUGCACAGAAAUUCGGUCCCCCGGUUGGGCGCGAUCUACGCUGGUCCUUACAGUUUGCCCCUCGUGCCUUUUUUCGUUUCUUGUUUGCGUGGACUGUGGAGGGCGACACGGUUUUGACCGAUGAAAUUGUCUUCCUUAUGCGCCGGAAAUAUGCGGUGUUCUAUGGAAUUGGCAUGGUGUUCCUUGCUGCCCAUUUCCCCACCCAUACAAAAACCAACCACCAUCUGUCUGUGUUUUUUUCUUAUUGAUGUUUAAGUCCGCGGGUGUGAAAGAUGCGCCGACAGUGUUUUAGCUAAGAUUUUAGAUGCGAGGCAGAAAUAAUACAAUGACGCGUGACUGGUUGAA